AUGGGCCAGGAACAACCUGCCGAUAAGCGGAACUGGGGGACGCGGUUUAUGGCCAGGAUCUAUGGCAUGUUGAAUCAGGACAUCUCGAACGAGCUAUCGAGCACCGAUGUCGAAAUUCAUACGUGGAACGGCAAGGAUGAUCCCGAUAACCCAUUCAAUUGGAGCACAAAAUACAAAUGGCUGCUGACAGUCACUGUCUGUUUCAUCUCAAUCCUCACGGGCCUGCCUGCUGGAACGUACGGCUCAGGGAAUAACUGGAUGGAACCGCAAUUUCACGUACAAAACUCGCCUUUCCCAAAUCUAUACUGGGCAACGACCUCCUGGAACAUGGGUGCCGCCUUCUGGCCGCUGAUCUUCGUCCCUCUAACCGAGUCAUCCGGUCGAAUGCCUGGUUAUUUCGUUGCAUACAUUAUUCUAAUCGCGACGCUUUUCGGCUCUGCAUUUGCGAAUAACUUUGCUACACUCGUCGUGACGAGAUUUUUCGGUGGUGGUGCCUCUUCGGUCAGUAUUAAUAUCGUCGGCGGGAGUAUCAGUGACGUGUGGUAUGGUGAGAAGGCGAGAAGUCUGCCUAUGAGUCUGUUCGGGUUUACCAGUGUGGUUGGCAUUGCGCUAGGGCCGUUUAUCGGGAGUGCAAUUGUCCAGAUUCAUAAGAAUGAUCCGUGGAGAUGGAUCUUCUACAUCCAAAUCAUCUACAACGCCGCCCUCCUCCCCAUCUUCUGGCUCAUCCUCCGCGAGACCCGCCCCGACGUGAUCCUCAAGCGCCGCGCAGCAAAACUCCGCAAAGAAACCGGCCGCCCCAUCUACGCCCAAGCCGAAAUAUCCGCCCCCAGCACCCUCCGCCUCCUCCGCAUCUCCUUCCAGCGACCAACACGCAUGCUCACGACCGAACCCGUCGUCAUCUUCUUCACGCUGUGGAUUAGUUUCGCCUGGGGCAUUCUCUAUCUGUUCUUCAGUAGCGUUCCGCAAACGUAUGGGCAGAAUUACGGGUGGGGCGUAUUGGCCACGGGCAUCGUCCAGCUUGCGAUUUCUGUUGGUGCCGUUAUCGGUACGGCGUUUAAUCCAUUCCAAGACUGGAUCUAUCUCCGUUCCGCGAAGCGAAAUCCCGAGAAACAAGGCCGUCCCAUCCCUGAAGCGAGACUAUAUACCUCCAUCCCGGGCAGUUUACUCUUCGCCGCCGGCCUCUUCUGGUACGGUUGGGCCUCGCAACCAGAUGUGCACUGGAUCGUGCCCACAAUCGGCAUAACCGCCGCCGGAAUUGGCAUAUAUUCCAUCUACAUGGCCGUCGUCAACUACCUGACGGACGCAUACGAGCGGUACGCGGCAAGCGCACUCAGCGCAGCGAGUCUCGGCCGGAACUCGUUUGGCGCGUUCCUCCCCCUUGCGAGUCCGCAGUUGUUUUCUAAUUUGGGGUUCGGGUGGGCGGGGACACUACUUGGGUUUAUUGCGGUUGCGUUGAGUGUUGUGCCGAUUGUGCUUGUGCUCAAGGGGCCGGCGAUUCGGAGGAGUAGUCCGUUUAUGAGGGAGAGUAUGUGGGAUCCCGAGGAGGAGAGUGGGAGUGAGGAGAAAGGGUUGGGGAGUGAGCCUGCAGGAGAGCCGAGGGAGGCUGUCUAG